CUUGAAUUCUGCUACACAUACUUUUUAUUGCCAUUUUCAUUAUUUUAAUUUUUAGUUUCUUCAUUUAAUUUCAGAAACACACAUCCUUACAGAUUCCCUCUCAUUUUCUCAUGAACAUUAUGCAGGUGAGUCAGCAUCCCAAAUCAACCAAACCACAAGGAAAAGAAAAAAUUAAUCGAAUACUUCAAUAUAAGAAAGUUGGGAAGAAAAUGAAGAAGUCAGAGUCGGAUCAUAGUUUUUACAUAGAGAGUGAAGAGGAGGAAGAUGAAGAGAAAGUAUUCAACGGUGAAGCAGUUGAUGGAAAUGAAUCGGAUGCUUCAGAUUCUUCGGCUGAAAAUCAGCAGCAAAUUAAGCCCGACUCGUACAAUACUCCGUGGCCUCAAAGUUACAGGCAGUCCAUUGAUUUAUACAGCAGUGUACCCUCGCCGAACAUCGGGUUCUUGGGCACUCCGACGCUUUCAAGAUUAAGCAGUUCAUAUCUUUCAUCGUCGUUAACCAGACGACACACUCCGGAAUCGUUAUCUGCGGCGACGAAGCCAUUGUUGCCGAAUGUUGAUGAUCAAAUACAGCCUCAUGGACGAAGCUCUCACACUUUGCUGCCUCCGAUCCCGUCGAGGAGACAUUCCUCAAGAUUUGACGGUAAAACAUCCAAAGUCUCGCAUGAAAUUCCACUCCCUCGACAGUGCUCUUACGGUCAAGCCGUUCUCAAUGGGAUUAAUGUGCUAUGUGGAGUGGGGAUCCUAUCAACCCCAUAUGCAGCAAAAGAAGGAGGAUGGUUGGGGCUUAUAAUAUUAUUCACAUUUGCUCUGCUCUCAUUUUACACUGGCCUGCUGUUGCGCCAAUGCCUUGACAGCCAACCUGGCCUCGAAACUUACCCCGAUAUCGGCCAAGCUUCUUUCGGCACCUCCGGUAGAAUCGCCCUCUCUAUAAUUUUAUACGUUGAGCUAUAUGCUUGCUGUGUUGAGUAUAUAAUUUUAGAGGGUGAUAACUUGGCAUCAUUAUUCCCAAAUGCAUAUAUUAGUUGGGGUGGAUUCGAGUUAAGCCCGCAACGUCUGUUUGCUUUGGUGACGACCCUUGCUGUUCUUCCCACCGUUUGGCUCAGAGACCUCAGUGUUCUUAGUUAUAUUUCUGCUGGUGGAGUGGUGGCAUCAAUCAUGGUAGUACUCUGCUUGUUUUGGGUUGGUUUGGUUGACAAAGUUGGGUUCCAUAACAAAGGGACACCCUUAAACAUUGCUACUCUUCCUGUUGCUGUUGGGCUCUAUGGUUACUGUUAUUCAGGACAUGCUGUUUUCCCCAACAUCUAUUCUUCAAUGGCAAAGCCUAAUCAAUUCCCUUCCGUUCUUCUUGCCUGCUUUGCAAUCUGUUCAUUGUUGUAUGCUGGAACUGCAGUUAUGGGUUACACAAUGUUUGGAGAAGCGACGGAAUCACAGUUUACUCUUAAUAUGCCUAAAGAUCUCAUUGCUUCAAAGAUUGCAGUGUGGACAACAGUAGUCAACCCCUUCACCAAGUAUGCAUUGACAAUGUCACCGGUGGCAAUGAGUCUUGAAGAGUUGAUUCCAUCAAGCCAUCUUAAGUCUCACAUCUAUGCCAUCUUGAUUAGAACAUCGCUUGUGAUCUCCACCUUGAUUGUUGGUCUCACCAUCCCCUUCUUUGGAUUGGUCAUGUCAUUAAUAGGAUCUUUGCUCACAAUGCUUGUGACCUUGAUACUUCCUCCUGCUUGUUAUUUAAGCAUCUUGAGGGGUAAAGUAACCCGUUUUCAGGCAACACUUUGUAUUAUGGUUAUUGCAGUGGGAGUAGUUUCAUCAGUCUUUGGAACAUAUUCAGCGCUCUCUAAAAUUGUUGAGAAUUUGAGAAGCUAAAAGUUUCAAAUAUUUACCAAGUUUAAUCAACUUGAGCUUCCUUGUUUGGUGCAAGACAUAUUCAAUGGUUUGCUGCUUCUGCAAUUCCAAAGUUUUGAGUUUAAUUCUUGAAUGUUUAUAUCCCU